CUCCAUGUCUACUCUUCAAGUUCUACUACUACUUUAGUUGAUGUCCGUUCGUUCGUUGCCCGUAUAUUACACGACACUUUCCAGAAUUUACCAUUCAUUCCUCUAACGAAAUUCAUAAUCACAACACUGACCUCAAGCCUUCCUCUCAGUUGAAGAACUUCACAAAGAGAGUGGUGGCCUGUUCUAAUCUUAAAAAAUCUCUUUUAUUUUUUUAAUUCCUUUAUCUCCUUCAUCAAAUCAGCCAAGUUUCGUUUCCUCUUCCAAAUAAAAUUUUCUAAUUUCGCGUUUCCAAUUUAUUUUUCAACCAAUGCCGGGUCUCGUCUCCGUUAAAUCUCCACCCGACGCCCCACAGCUACGGAUUACAGUUCCGGAGCCACCGCCUCAUAAUCCACCGCGAACCCCUAACAGAAAGCCUCCAUCGCCUUCCCCUUCCCGAUCUAAGCCUUCCCCUGCCCGUUCCGCCAAGAAACCUCCACCCCAGUCACCUAACCCGGACGAUUCCUCGCUCGACAACCCGGAUCUCGGCCCCUUUUUACUCAAAUUGGCCCGAGACACUAUCGCUUCGGGGGAGGUUACUAGUAAAGCUUUGGACUACGCGGUUCGAGCGGCGAAGUCGUUCGAGAGAUGCUCCGUGGAAGGUGAGCCCAACUUGGAUCUCGCGAUUAGCUCGCAUGUGCUGGCGGCGAUUUAUUGCAGUUUGGGGAGGUUUGAUGAGGCAGUUCCGGUGUUGGAGCGGGCGAUUCAAGUAACCGAUGUGGAUCGAGGCUCCGAUCACGCGUUGGCUGCUUUUUCGGGGCAUAUGCAGCUGGGGGACACGUACUCGAUGCUGGGUCAAGUGGAGAAGUCGAUUGGUUGCUAUGAAGAGGGGCUAAAGAUUCAGAUCAAGGCUCUGGGAGAGACCGAUGCCAGAGUUGGCGAGACUUGCAGGUACUUGGCUGAGGCCCAUGUUCAAGCAAUGCAAUUUGAUAAAGCUGAAGAAUUGUGCAAGAAAACUCUUGAAAUUCAUCGUGCUCACAGUGAACCAGCAUCGCUUGAAGAGGCAGCUGACCGCCGGUUGAUGGCACUCAUAUGUGAGGCAAAGGGAGAUUAUGAAGCAGCCCUUGAGCACCUUGUCCUAGCCAGCAUGGCAAUGAUUGCUAAUGGACAGGAGAAUGAGGUGGCCGCUAUUGAUGUUAGCAUUGGCAAUAUUUACAUGUCUUUAUGUCGCUUCGAUGAGGCCGUCUUCUCCUACCAAAAGGCACUAACAGUAUUAAAAUCAUCGAAGGGUGACAACCACCCUUCUGUUGCCUCUGUCUUUGUACGUCUUGCGGAUCUAUACCACAGGACGGGAAAGCUCCGAGAAUCGAAGUCCUAUUGUGAAAGUGCCCUGAGGAUCUUCGCAAAACCUGUGCCUGGAACCACAGCAGAAGAGAUAGCUGGUGGGUUAACAGAAAUUUCGGCCAUAUUUGAAUCUGUGGAUGAGCCUAAGGAGGCAUUGAAGCUCUUGCAGAAGGCAAUGAAGUUGUUGGAAGAAAAACCAGGACAGCAAAGCACAAUUGCAGGAAUUGAAGCACGGAUGGGGGUGAUGUCUUACAUUCUUGGGAGGUAUGAAGAGGCAAGGAACUCUUUUGAGAGUGCAGUAGCAAAGCUUAGAGCAAGCGGGGAGAGGAAGUCAGCCUUCUUCGGGGUUGUGUUGAACCAGUUGGGCUUGGCUUGUGUCCAGUUGUUCAAGAUAGAUGAGGCUGCUGAGUUGUUUGAAGAAGCCAGAGCGAUACUCGAGCAGGAAUGUGGCCCAUGUCAUCAAGAUACUCUGGGAGUAUAUAGCAAUCUUGCAGCAACUUAUGAUGCUAUGGGAAGGGUUGAAGAUGCAAUCGAGAUAUUGGAAUAUUUACUAAAAUUGCGAGAAGAAAAACUUGGAAUUGCAAAUCCUGAUUUUGAAGAUGAAAAAAGCAGGCUGGCUGAGCUCCUGAAAGAAGCAGGCAGGUCGCGAAACAGAAAAGCAAAAUCACUGGGAAAUCUAAUGGAUCCCAACUCAGGGAGGACGAAAAAAGAGGGGACAAAAAGAUGGGGUUUCAGAAUUUGAAGUUGUUCCUCCCAGCGCAUAUCCAUUCGAUUUUCCAACAUAUACACAUUCUGUAACGUAGAAGAUCAUGUAUAGUGUUACAAUUUGUAACUUGUUGAGCUUUCCUGUUUUCCGAGCUUUACGAUCUCACUUGUUUUCAUUUUUAACUAUCGUUAAGGUCCGUGAUGUGCUCUCGAAAUUUGCAAAGAAUGCCCAUUUGAGUGAAUAAAUUUGAUCAUAAUGUUUCCAUUUCUUUCCAUUCAUAGCUCAAGCAUGUAUGACCCUAAAGACUUUGGAAUGGUUGAUCAAAUCUAGACUCCUUUUGUUUCUUAGA